GCUGAGACGGGCUAUCCCCCUCCUGCUGUGUUCCUGGCAGGAACCGCUACAACACGCCCACCCCUCAUUUCAACCACAGACAGGGAACAUAGCAGAUGAGGUUUUCUCCUAUCCGAUAUGUCUCCUUUAAAGACUUUUCCUGGUCGGUUAACAGGGCAGAUUCCAGGCUCCAUCUUUUCAUCUUGCUUCAUUUGUCACCGAGGCAACAAGGUGCUCUACCAUAACAUCUAUAUUCUGUCUAAAGUGGUGGUGCCACUUUAUCAGAAUCAGGGUACAUCUUUCUUUUCUGUGUCAAUUAAUAGAUUGAGGGUUCUGAAACUUGGACGAAACGCUGUCAGCGUGGACCCCAAUCGCCCCAUCCAUCAUUGCCAACCCACUGGCGUAAAUGAGCGACCCCCGGGCUCCAUCAAUCUGCAUUGGAAUCGGCUGGAGAUUGACAAAGAGCAGCUCAUGAGCCUCAGCAAAUGCUUCAGUGGUAUUGCUGGCAGCGGGAUGCAGGGGCUACACGUAGGAGCUCCUCAGGCCAUUGAUUGUCUGUCAAGCAAGCUGGCCGGCCACAUGCACCUAAUCUCCUCCCUCGGCUCCUCCCCCUCUUGCAGAGCUUCUGGCAGGAACCGUUAG